CGUGCAAGACGUUCGAAACAUGAGCUCCGUGGAAGCGUCUGCAACGGCCCUUGCUGGCCGCGGUUCUAAUCACUCCGGUGAAUCGACGAACGAUGACUAUAAAAUUGUUUUACCACAGAUGCCUACAGGAAUUACGAGUGAAACAUCGGUGCUUCUGCAUUGCGAUUUGAAAGGGCGCCCCUACCGUAUCCAGGAUUUUCGACAAGAGAUGGCCAGGUGCGGCGUACUCGGCGACAUCGCAGCACUUGGUGCGUACCAAAUGAAUCAUGUUUGGAUGGCUACCCUUCGAACGGCAGAAGCAAAGAGACGACUCGUGGACGCCAAGGAACUGCAGGUGAAGGGUCUUCGGUGCCUCGUCGUGGAUCCCAGCAUCACGGAGGUACGGCUUCGUCUCCACUGGAUCCCGUAUGAUGUGCCGGACGACGUUGUGCGUAAGGAAUUGGAGCCGUAUGGCAAGGUCCUGGAAGUGAGCCGGGAGAAGUGGAAUGUUGAAGGCUUCCAAGGUAUCGAAUCAACGACAAGGUGUGCGCGGAUGACACUGAACGAAGGCGGCACGGCCGAUACCAUGCCACACCAGCUUCGGAUCCAAGGUGGUAACGUACUUGUUGUGAUCCCUGGUCGGGCGCCCUUGUGCUUACGCUGUAAGCGCACAGGUCAUAUUCGACGAGAAUGCAGGGCGCCGAAGUGCUCGGAGUGUUUUCGCUUCGGGCAUUAUGGCACCGAAUGUGUCAGGUCGUACGCCAGGGUGGCCAGCGGGGCCGGGCCGGCCGAGGCCGAGACCAAUGACCACGCCAUGGAUGCCGAGGAAGCGGAGCGUACUAUCCAGGGCUUGGCGCCAGAAGUUUCAACCCCUGCCAAAGAACGCAAGAGUGAAGGAAGCAGCUCCUUGGGGGCAACGAGAGAGAACGGAGGUCAACCGGAAGGCGCACCUCCCAGCGGUGCCGACGUGAAACCCUCUGAUGCCGGAGCAGACAAGGAAUCGAACGACGCAAGCACCAACGGACCUUCAGAUAUGGACGACACCAGCGAGUCAACUAAGCGAGCCUUCGAUGACGAUACGACAGCAGGAAACGGAGCACGCCAACUACACCCCUGGAUGGAACGCACGAAGAAGGGGCGUUACCAGCCCGCGCCCAACGAUCCUAAAGAGGAACGUCGGCGCAGGGAAAGCAAGUAAGGCGUUCUUUGCCUGGUUUCCUGGUGUUUAAGAUUGCUGCAUCAAGACAACUUGGACCCUGACUGCUUAGGUUUUUAGUGUCUGCACCGAAGCACAGCGCAUGAUUUGUGAGUCCCAAUCAGCCAUUACAGUUGCAACGCUGAAUGUUCGUGGUUUAUGCACUAGAAAAAAGCAGUACCAAAUACAGCGAUUAUUGUCGAAAGAGCAACCCGAUUUCUUGGCGUUGCAAGAAACUAAAUUGGCUGAGGCGGAACAGGUAGAGGAAGCAGUCAGGCCUUUUAUGCCUAACUACGAAAUCUGUGUG